AAUUAAGCUUUGUUUUUGAGUUUAAAAAACAUUUCGGCUAGAAUGUAAUUAGACUUGCUCGACAGGCGUUGUCUUGGUGCUUCAUUGACAUAUGCAAGAGAGGUUUUGUUUUUAGUUUUGUGUUUUGACAUUGUUUUAUAAAUAUAUUCAGUUACGAAGAUAGUUUGAAUUCACGUCUCAACUUUUAUAACAGAAUCACAUGUUCAUCACAUUUUCUCUCUCUUCAAGGAUUUAACGGUUACAAAAAUGUUUAAAUUUAUUAAGGCCAAAGGGCCUCAUCAGACCGCCGAAAGACAAAAGUUGCAGAAAGAGCUGUUUUGUUAUAGAAGGACUCUUCAGCACGGUUUUCCCCACAAACCUACAUCGAUAGCAUGGGAUUCUUCUCUUCGAUUAAUAUGUAUAGGAACGUCUACGGGAGCCAUCAAAGUAUUCGGCCAACCGGGCGUAGAAUUUUACGGGCAACAUCAAAAUCCCAUUGCGGUUACGAAAUUAGUCUUCCUUCCGAACCAGGGUAGAGUUGUUUCCCUUUGCGAUGACAAUUCCUUACACCUGUGGGAAGUCAACAAAAGUUCCCUCGUAGAAGUGAAAUCGCAAGCUUUGGAGGGAAAGUUGAAAACCAUAUCGACCAUGUGUUUGGAAUCUGCUGGGAAACACUUACUUUUGGGCACAGAAGGGGGCAAUAUAUAUUUAUUAGAAUUAAAUACAUUCACCAUGACCCCCGAUAUCAUUUAUCAGGAUGUUGUAAUGCAAAAUGUUCCGCAGGAUUACAAGUUGAACCCAGGAGCCGUAGAAUCAAUCUUCGAACAACCAGAUCAACCGAAUAAUAUUCUAGUAGGUUACAAUAGAGGCCUUAUUGUCCUUUGGAACAGAAUCGAUAAUACGGCGGUUAAAACUUUCAUUGCCAAUCAACAAUUAGAAUGUUUAUGUUGGAAAGAUGACGGAAGGAAUUUUAUGAGUUCCCAUAAUGACGGUAGCUACAUGGAAUGGAACGUAGAUCAGUGCGAAAAGCCCAUCGGGGAACCAACUGCAACUUACGGACCCUACGCUUGCAAAUCAAUUCCGAAACUAUUGAGCAGGAAAUUGGAAGACGAACAACUUUUGGUGUUUUCCGGUGGAUUACCGAGAUCCUACAGCGAUAAAUAUACAGUUUCGGUUGCCCAUGGAGAAAAACACGUUGCGUUCGAUUUCACCAGCAAAAUUAUCGAUUUUCUUUUAAUCGAAUCGAAAAAUCGAGAUGAUUCGGCAGCUAAUAAUGGCAGUGUAGAAGAAGAACCGGAAACGUUGUUGGUAUUAGCAGAAGAAGAAUUAGUGGCUAUCGAUUUAAAAGACGAGAAUUGGAAGAUGAUGGAUUUGCCGUAUUUGUCGUCGUUACACGCUUCCGCCAUUACUUGCAGUCAAUACGUCUCGGGCGUACCGGAGGAGUUGUGGGAACAUAUUAAAGACGCCGGUAAAGUACAAACCAGCCAUUUGUAUUCGAACCGUCCGUGGCCGAUCGACGGCGGCGGUUUACUUUGCGCCAAAGGAGCCAAACCGAAACGGGAAUUGUUGUUAACCGGCCACGAAGACGGUACCGUCAAAUUUUGGGACGUGGGAGGUGUUACGCUUACUUUCGUUUAUAAAUUCAGUACCGCGCAAUUUUUCUCCGGAGAAGAUUUGGAAGAAGUGCAUCCUGAUCCCGAAGAUUUAGAAGACGAAUGGCCGCCUUUCAGGAAAACUGGUAUCUUCGAUCCCUAUUCGGAUGAUCCCAGAUUGGCGGUGAAAAGGAUAACACUUUGUCCUUUAUCGGGUACUUUAGUCGUUAGUGGUACUGCUGGUCAAACUGUCAUCGCCAAAUUCGAUACUGAAGUAUUGGAUGAACCUUUAAAAUUCUCUCUAAUGAAUAUUGUUAGCGAUAGAGAUGGUUUCGUAUGGAAAGGACACGGGCAAUUAUCGCCUAGACAAGGCAAUCUAUCUCAGCCUAGAGGUUUUCAAGCUACUACAAUUCUUCAAGUUCAUCCACCAGCAGCUAUCACAUGUUCAGUUUUACAAGCCGAUUGGGGAUUGGUGUCCGUAGGAACAGCCCACGGACUCGCAUUACUCGAUUACGUCAAAAACAAACCCAUUAUGGUUAAAUGUACAUUAAAUCCCAACGAUCUCACAGGAACGGGCGAUACUCCCAUAUCUCGACGAAAGUCUUUCAAAAAAUCUUUGAGAGAAUCGUUCAGACGUUUGAGGAAAGGUCGUUCCCAGCGUCGUAACGCUACUAAAGACGACAAAAAGACAGCUACAUCUCCACAAGGUAAAAGAUCGACACCGGCAACUGAAGAAAUGUUGGAAGCUAAACCUGUAGAGAGACAGAUCGAAGCCAGACCAGCCGAUGAUUCUAUGGGAUCAUACGUUAGGUGUUUGUACUUUGCUAGGACGUUUCUAGUUAGCGUACAAAAUACCAAUCCUACUUUAUGGGCAGCAACAAAUAACGGUACUGUUUACGCCUUUACCAUAACGGUACCUUCUUCUUCUAAAAGGGAUACCGACGAUGUCACUUGUCAGUUAGCCAAAGAAAUUCAGUUGAAACAUAGGGCUCCGGUGAUAGGAAUAGCCGUAUUGGACGGAUCGAGUAAACCUCUUCCAGAACCGUUAGAAGUAGAAAAAGGCGUCGCACCUCUUCCCGAUACUACCCAAGCACACCGAGUUGUAAUUGCGUCAGAAGAACAAUUCAAAAUAUUCACCCUGCCGAGUUUGAAACCGUUUGGUAAAUAUAAAUUGACAGCGCACGAAGGGGCUCGAGUAAGGAGGAUGGCAUUCGCAAAUUUCAGUUGUAACGUAGACAACGUGCAACAUUCCGAAGUCGAUUUACUCUGUUUAACCAACAUGGGCGACUGUUUAGUCCUGAGCAUUCCGGAUCUGAAAAGGCAACUAAACGCCGCAGCUAUCAAAAGAGAAGAUAUAAAUGGAAUAUCUUCCCUGGUAUUUACGAAAGAUGCUCAGGCUCUUUAUCUUCAUUCCUCAUCGGAACUUCAAAGGCUGUCGUUGGCAACUAGUAGCGUAACUAUGGCCAGAUGCUAUCUGCCAUUGCCCGCCGGAGCAAGAGACGAAGAUACGCCCGAAGGGGAAGAAACCGAAGAGAUUUUGGAAACCGCCACCGAAUCACCAUUAGUUAACGGAAACGCCGAAAGUAAAGAAGGCAGCGUAGCAGAUAAAUCUGAAGAUGCGAGGACUAACGGCGACGAAACGUUACAUAACGUUACGGUAUCUAGUAGCGUCGGAGAUAUAACAAUAGAUAGCGUUAAGGAUCACCUCGGUUCAGGUGAGGAUUUAGCGAGGAAACUUAACAGUGUGAGCGUUACGAAAACUGUUACUACAAUUGUGAGUAAUAGUAACAAUCAAGAAGGUGUUACAACGACGAAUACUACUACCACGGUCGCGACAGGUCAAGAGGCUAUAAUAGAAAAUCUGGAGGAUGGAACAUCGUCGAAUUUAGAGAUUAAAGAAAUUCAAGUGAGCGACAUAUUACUGCGAGCUCCCUUGGCAUUGGCAGAAGAUGAUCCCUAACUAAAAAAAAAAUAAUGAAAAAAGGGAAGUUUAAAAGGUCAACGAUAUGCCAUAUCAACAUGAUCAGUAUUUCCUUUCUAUAUUUAUAUAUAUAUGUUUUAUCAUUUUUUUUUAAUCGUUUAUGUAUUACUAGUUCGUAGUACAAAAUAUUUUAAUUAUAGUUUUUAUUCUCUAUAUAUGUAUAUUCGAAAUAUUUUCAAAAAUUAGUGUUGUGUACUUAGUUUAGUGAUGUAAGACAAAAAUACUUUGUCGUGGGACCAUUGUUUUUACAAAAUUUUCAAAAUUGAAGAUUAGAAAUACUGGUCAGGUUCCAAAGUAAUAGAUUAUAAUUAAUUUUUUUUAUCUUUAUAUUGUAUUUUGAAAACAAAUUAACUUACCACUGAUGAGUAAACAGAAAAAUAAAAAAAUCUCUAAAUGAGAAAAAUGUUUCGACAAAAUUUUGGUUUCGGAAACAUUAGUUUUUAUAAAUAUAACUUUUUCUAUUCAAAAUUUUCUUUUCUGGUGCAGUUUUUUUGCUUUCCUCCAAAUUUCACCCAAAAUAAUUAGCAUCUAAGGGUAUUUUAUGAUAUUUUUUAGUAAGGGGAUUGAAUUGGAUACGAACAAGACUUUCGUUAUCUAAAAACCUUGCAUCGAUAAUCAUUUUGACUAGGAUUGUGAAAUUAUUGGAUUCAUGAUCCGAUACAAAUAAAUGGAUCAGUUACGAGAAAAAAAUUGUUAAAAUGAAAAGAAAAAUUCAAAUAUUUGUUUAUUUCUAGUGGUGGUUAAUUUUUUUGAAUAAUAGAGUUUUGAACAAAAGAGUUUUCGGUUCAAUUUUUACCAGAUUUCCCAUACGAAAACCGUCAUUUAAAUUUAAAAUGUGGGAUAUUUUCUAUAAGUUUAUAAUAUUUUACAUAAAUCUUUACCCACAGUUAAAUUGUUAUAAAUUUUGCACGACUCGCAGUAAUCCUCCGUAUUUACUCAAUAAACAUAUUUUUUUACAAAUAUUCUCAUUUUAAAACCGUCUCUCCCCUUUUCCUCUGUUAUCUUUUUAUACUAUGAAAAGUCUCUCCCUGGUAUUCCCCCUCUAAUUUUCCAUCCCCUGAAAGUAUCUGUGUGACUACAAUCUUCUGUUGCCUCUUUUCCUGAGUAUGUUCUUUUAUACCAUUAAAUCCUUCCCCAGUAUUAAUUCAUCCAUCCAACUUUUCAUCUACUGAUAUAAUCUUUCUUCUUGUACUUCUCUUUUCCUCUGUUAUGUAUCUUCACAUACUUCUUUCCCUGGUAUUCUUCCUUCUAAUUUUCCAUCUUCUGAAACUUGUUCUUUAUGUUCCUCUUCUUCUGUUUACACACCAGUUAUUAACCCACUCAAUUGAUGGAAAUGAUUCUGAAUUAUUGAGCGAUAACUGUGAGUUGAUUUAAAAAGAAUUUGAGAAUUUUGUUAGAGUUUAUUCGAAAUUUUAAUCGGAUAACUGUGGUUAGAGAAAUAGCAGCUUUUUCUAAAAUGGAAAAAAAAUGUGGUGGAGGUUUUUAAAGAGUGACUGUGAGCGUAACGUUUGAUUUUUGCUAUUAACAAAAAAAAAUGAACUUACGGCCUUAAAAAAAAUUUUGUUAGUAUUUUGUAUUUGUAUGUUUCAUAUGACAGAACAUCACUGAAGUGAAUAAAUUUUUUUAUUGUGA